UAAUUUGAGCGCCAAUUGUGGCAACAAAUCAAAUGCAUUGCAGACGUGAAGUCACUUGUAUUGAAUGCAUUACACAAUACACUGUAAUAGCGAUCGACAAAACACUGAAAACAUGUUUUGCGUAAUAAUUGGUGUUUAAUUGUAAUGUGUUUUUGCAAAACAACACAAGUCUUACGUGACAUACGAUUCAUACAGACGUAGAGACAGUGUUUAUCACGUGAUUAGAUCUCGAGUCGAGUGAUAACACCAAUAGUAUUACAAACCGUUAUAUAAGAACUGCUAUUCAUUUUGUGACGCAAUUUAUAGCCACUUAUAGUGUUGUGAAAGACAUAAGACAUACCAUUGGAGACACAUUUGGUCCACACGUUGACAACAAUAACACCACUAAUCACACCAUCGAUGCCAAUGAGGGAUGUGUUCGCCACCACUCACGCGCUCACACCUGUGGGCGCCGACCGCCAGACCCUCCGACCCGUCACUCUUCGGACGGGCGAUAAGGUUGUGAUCGGACGCGACGUGUCGUGCGAUCUUCGCAUCGAUUCACUCGAGAUCUCCAGACGUCACGCCAUUCUCAACAGCGAAGACAAUCACUGGUUCAUCACUGACUUAGAGAGCACAAAUGGAUUGUAUAUAAACGACAGACCAGUUAUCGCUUUCACUCCGUAUUGUCUCACAAUUGGCGAUAAGAUAGCGUUCGGACCGUCGGGUCAGACGAAAGUGAUCUACAAGUUUGAGGACGAGUUGUGCGCCCGAAGUGAGGCCGCAGUACUGACGCCGAAGAGGAAGCGCGUCGAUGACGAGCCGUUGUCUGCGGCGCCCAAACGACAGCGCAAUGAAUGGCAACAACUGUUCGAUUCAGAGCUCAGUUGUUCCAUAUGUCAAGAGUUGUUUGUCUCACCCGUGAGUCUCAACUGUUCGCACACUUUCUGUCACUCAUGUAUAGAGCAGUGGAAGCACUCGAAUGACAACAAACGCCGCGAAGACUCCGACGAUGACGACGAAGAGGAGGCUGAGAGCAGUGACGGCGGCGGCCGUCCUGUCAUCAAACGGGACACUAAUUGCUGUCCCGUUUGUCGACAACUGAUUGUCUCACAGAACAGAGUUCUUGUAUUGGAUAAUACCAUCGAUUAUAUCGUCGAGAAGUGGAGUCCAAAACUGGUUGAACACAGGAAACGAUUGAUCGAAGAGAGGAAACGUUUGACGGCUUAUUAAAACGGCUUUGAUUUGUGCGUUAUUUUUAUGGUCUCUUCACUUACAUUGCGUUUAAACUCUUAUAUGUUUUCAUUUGUUUAACACAUUAUAAAUUUUAUUUAUUUGUUCCGACAUUUCUUAUUACAUAACAAUUCUGUUACUAUUUUCAUAGAUAUGUAUUCCGUUUAACUUGUGUUUUGAUAUAGUAUUUAACGCUCAUUACGAGUAUCACAAA